AUGAUUGGCUGGAAAACGGCAGGCAUGAAAACUCCAAUAUCGAGUGCUAAUAUAUCUUUGGCAAAUUCUCAUCUUGUAGAAACAGAAACUAUGGGCCCUGCUACUGUUUAUGAAAAAAACUGUCGUCAAUCGGUUCAACAUACCCUAGACUGUCCUUGUAUCAUUAACAUGACUAACCAGCUCUUCUUUGAGAGGAUAUGGGAAGACAUAGUCGAAUUUAACGAAACUAACGCAGUCCAUAUCGGUUUAAGAAGACCUGCUACUUUCAUGAUGCAAGUACUAGAACAAAAUACCAAGCAUACGUCCCAACCGGAAAGAUAUUUGGAAAAAAGAACAAUAAUUCACGAUAUAUCCCGAGUCUUGGGCAAAGAAACUUUCAAGUUGUGGAAUCAGCUCAGUUUAAAACAUGACAUGAACUCCCAACAGUCAUUGAUGAGAAAACAAUUCUUCAAUUGCUCGACCACAACUUCAAAAAUGAUCACGAGUGUGAAGGUUAAAACCCUCAAAAGAUGCAGAAACAACCGGACUCUAUUCGGACCAUUUCAGCUAACCUUUAAACCAAAUUGGAAGGGCGUGUGGAUAAGACUGAUACGAAAUACAGAACAUCGAACAAUCCCAUUAAAGCUCUACUAA